AUGGAGGGCUUAUUAGGUAAUUUCUAAAGAAUUUAAACUUUCCAAAAUUAGGAGCAAUAAUAAUUAUUUGAAGAUAAAGUUCGAAAAUAUGAAUAAUAUCCGAAACCAACGAAUCGAAAAGAAGGUUAUUAAAACUUAAGCUCUAAUUCAUCAUUUCUAUAAUUUAGCUAUUCUCAUUGCUUUAGUUUAGAACUAUUAAUAGCAGCUAUUGUAAAUAUAUAUUUAUAUUUAGAAAACCAACUAUAUUAGAUUAUUUAAUGGAUAAAUUAUAUUGAUUCUACAAAAAAUUAUUGAACACUUUUAAUUAAAACAAUCAAAAGCAAUUCAUCAUGGAAACAUUUAACCUAGAAAUAUUAUUAUCGAACUAUAAGUGGAUGAUUAAUUUAAAACUUUGACGACUUAUGCAAGGCCUAUUAACAUAAAAAGAAUUUAUUUUACUAACUAUAUAUUGAAUUAAACUGAAAGUGAUGGAGACAAUCUUAAAACGAUUAUUGUUGGAUUUCUAGAAUUAGCCGAAAUUCGAAGAAAUGAUAAAAAAUUAUUUCAAGAAGAUUUUUUAUAAUAGAUUUUAAAAUUUCCUUACUAUUAAAUCGAAGAAACUUUAUAGACUUUGUAAAUUUUAUUUAUAGAUAUAGAGUAAUAGAUUCUAAGAAGCAAUAUUAUCAAGAUAGUGACUAGGAAACUGGUUAUUUUGCUCCAAGAUAUUGGUGGUCGAAAGAUUACCCUUAUGAAUUAGAAAAAAUAAAAAAAAUAACUGAAUCGAAUGAUAAUAUGUUGGAUAAAGUUAUCCAAGAAGAAACUAUGAAGAAAAAGUUAGAAUAAUAUAAUAUUUAGUUUCUUUUUAAAUUGUGA